CGCUAGUUUAUGGUUUCAGUGGGGUAGGUAUUGCACCCCUUCGUGUUUGUUGCGUAGAGUGUCAGAAAUACGCAAUAUGAUUUCACGCUUCUGCAGAAGCGACUUCAGAGUCUAUUUAUCUACAUCAUAAUCCUCGUCCAGACUGCAUCAGUAGCCCUCGUUUUGUUUUGUGGGGAACACGCUUCGGGACCUCGUUUAAUUUCAUCCUCAAGGAGCGAGUGGAAACUCAAGUAAAUAUGGCUCAACUAAGCGCAUAUGAGGGCGAGAGACGCUGGAAAUUACGCUCGCAUUUUUUCAAGAGGAAAGAAUGGUCCGCGUAAUAGGAAGACCUGAAACGUGAGGGUGAAAUUACUGGGAGAAACAGAGAGAGCGGGACGGCGAGAAAUACAAAGAGGGACAACGCGGUGUGGGAGGGAGAGAGAGAGAAUCGGUGAAGUGGGAGAAGCACUGGCCUAGAUGUUUGAAACGUCAGGAGUUAGUCUUUUCUUCUGGUUCACUGGGUGAUUAUUAAAAGCUGCCUUCUCUGGGACCGACGGACCGGGGCCAUAGGGAGUAUUUGCUGACCUGCGUGUAACUGCACUUAAAUGGAAUAUUUAGUGUGUUACGUUUUGAAUGUGCAAAUAUAAACAUGUGCGUCGGGACAAUCGUGUGAUUUUAAUGUUGCUUAUUUUAGCAUUGACUAAACACGUCCUGCAACGUGUUAUGAAAUGCCCCUCUACUUCUACAUUUUCUAUAUCUAAAUAUACUGUCACGUUGCAACAUUCCUUUUGACUGAUAGCAAUGGCAGUUGAAUCUGACAGCGGCAGAGGUACUACACGAAGUGCUCAUGAGAAAAGCCCCAGGGCGCUGGAGCGCAAUGGCUAUGUGAAAACAUGUGUCACCCCUUUGUAUCAGGACCACGAGUGCCAGUCGUGGGUAAGACUGACUGAGACUUGGAACUCCAGAAGCCUUUCGUCUGUGGUGUGCGUGGGGUCUGUUUCAGUUAUUCUCGCUCUAGUGGUUAAAUUCGUUGACUGGGAUGUGGACUUAAACCACAGCGGCAGUAGCGGCAGCAGCGCCUACGACAGUGAUUCGGGAUCUUUUUUUCAUCAUGUUACGAGCAGUGUGCUGGAGCUACCUUUAACCUUGUGGCAUUUGAUUUCUCCCAUCUUCACUCUCGUAUGUGCCUUCUUUUGGAUCGGCCUGUAUCUGAUCCGGUGCGGAGUGCUGAUUAGAACUGCCGUGUUUCUGUUGACAGUCUGUCACUUGGGCGAAGCGGCGGCACAGUCUCUCUUGCACGGAGCCGAUGACCAGCUGCUCUCGUUCACGGCAACCGUGGUGGUGCUCGCCUGCCUGGCAAGCGGGGCACUCAUGGUUGUGAGACUCGGCCAGGGGGUCUCUGUCAUCAUUUUCAUCAGCAUCAUCAGGACAAUCUCGCUCAUUUCGUUGCACAAAGUACGUGCCAGUUGGAGACCUUACUUGGCGUACCUGGUCGGGGUAUUGGGCGUCCUGCUGGCGAGGUAUGCUGACAGGCUUUUGCCGAACCAAGGGACUCUCAAGGAAGGCUGUACCUCGGUGAUAGGGGCAAGGGAAGACAUCCCGGUGUUUAAAAGGCGAAGGAGGUCCAGCUCUGUAGUCUCAUCAGACAUGGCACAUCAUAGUCAGUCCAACAGCAAGUCACACAGAAGGACAUCAUUGCCAUGCAUUCAAAGAGAACAGAUGCUCUCACAGCCUGAAUGGGACCACAAGAGAGGCACCCGAGGAUCCGCGUCAUCUGGCACCAGUGUGAUGGUGGACAUUGGGGUAAUGGGUGAGGCCCACGGCAUGAUCACGGACCUGCUGGCUGACCCGUCAUUGCCGCCCAACACCUGCAGCUCCCUUCGGGCCGUCAGCAACCUGCUCAGCACGCAGCUCACCUUCCAGCCACUGCACCGGCCACGCCUCAGUCCACUGGUGUCCUUCAGCGACACACACGCCUGCUCCGACUCUGAGGAGGGCGCGGAGAAGGGCGAGAAGCUGGCCAUCCCCAAGCGACUGAGGCGGUCGCUGCCCCCAGGCCUGCUGCGGAGGAUCUCGUCCACCUGGACCACCACCACCUCCGCCACGGGCCUGCCCACCAUUGAGCCCGGCCCGGUGCGUCGCGACCGCAGCGCCAGCAUCAAGCCCAGCCAUGACGGCCCCAUCAGCAGUAUGGUGAAUAACGAGUCAUGGAACAGCUCCGUCAUGUUGACCAUCUCUAAGAGCAGGUCCAUGUCUGCCUCUUAUGCUCCCUCAGCCUCCAAUCAUUUGUACAACAAGAGGCUAAACAGACCAGGUUACCCUCCCUCCAACAUCUCGCCCCUGGCGUCUCCGUGCCACUCUCCCCCAGCGCAGGGCACCCCAGUGAGCAGCCCCACUGCCAAGACCCCGUCCAUGGAGCUGCCCGAGUGUGCUGCUCCCCCGGGGGAGGUGGUCCCCAAGCGGGCCCCGCACCGAGCCUUAACACACAGCCAGAGUGCACCCAGCUCCACCACCCCAGCUCCACAAUGGGGCCCACCGCCACUCUGUAGCAGCUGCGGGAGACCCUACAAUAAACUUGCCCAUGGAGAAGGCUCUAUGGACCGAGGGGACAGGGUACCGCAGAUAGAUGACCCAGUGCUGGCUUCAUCUGACUAUGACAGCACCUACGAGACCAACCACAGUGACAGCAGCGAUUUUGCACAGAACGAAGACGAUGGGGAAGGGCACCGAAAGCCGCCUGAAGCGCAGCAGGGGUGCAGGAUGUACCCGGCCGAGAGCUUGGUCCUCCACCCCCUUCUUUCACCCGAGGAUAAGGCCAUUCUGGCUCCGGAGCCGCUGGUCAUGGAGGGCCUGGAGCCACUGAUGAGCCAGAUCAACAACUGGAACUUCCCCAUCUUUAAACUGGUGGAGAGGACCAAAGGCAAGUGCGGCCGGAUCCUCAGUCAGGUCACUUACAGGCUUUUUGAAGACACAGGUCUCUUUGAGACAUUCAAGAUUCCUGUCAGGGAAUUCAUGAAUUAUUUUCAUGCUUUGGAGAAUGGAUACAGGGACAUCCCAUAUCAUAACAGAAUUCAUGCCACCGACGUGCUGCAUGCAGUCUGGUACCUCACCACACAACCUGUGCCUGGCCUACCCAGUCUGGCCAAUCAGGAAGGCUCAGUCAGUGAUGACGCAGACAGUAGCAUCACCCACAGUUGCCUGGGCUUCCUCGUGUCCAAGACGAACCUGGUGGCGGAGCAGGGCUACGGCUCCCUAUCGGGCCUCAUCCCGGCCCUGGAGCUCAUGGCUCUCUACGUGGCAGCGGCCAUGCAUGACUACGACCACCCAGGCAGGACCAACGCCUUCCUUGUGGCCACCAGUGCUCCACAGGCAGUGCUCUACAAUGACCGCUCUGUUCUGGAGAACCAUCACGCCGCGGCCGCCUGGAACCUCUUCAUGUCGCGGCCGGAGUACAACUUCCUGGCCAACCUGCAGCAUGUGGAGUUCAAGCGAUUUCGCUUCCUGGUCAUUGAAGCCAUCCUCGCCACGGACCUGAAAAAGCACUUUGACUUCCUGGCAGAAUUCAAUGCCAAGGUCGGUGAUGAUGGGUGUUCGGGAAUCGACUGGUCUAACGAGAACGACCGGCUCUUGGUAUGCCAGAUGUGCAUCAAGUUGGCCGACAUCAACGGGCCACUCAAAUGCAAAGACCUGCACCUCCAGUGGACUGAGGGCAUUGUGAACGAAUUUUACGAGCAGGGGGAUGAGGAAUCCAGCCUGGGCCUUCCCAUCAGCCCUUUCAUGGACCGCUCGGCACCACAGCUGGCUAAGCUCCAGGAGUCCUUCAUCACACACAUCGUGGGUCCGCUGUGCAGCUCCUACGACUCGGCCGCCCUCAUGCCUGGCCACUGGGUGGAGCCGGGGGAGGGCGCAGCCAAGGAAGAGGGUGGUGAGGAGAGGGAAGGAGAGGAGGUGGUGCCGGGUGGAGUGGAGUCAGACGAGGAGGAAGAUGAGGAAGAUGAAGAUACGGCGGAGGAAGAUGCAUCCACCAGCUCGGAGCAAUCUCAGAAGCGAGGGCCAAAGAAGCGACGGAAGGUUUUCUGCCAGAUCACCCAGCACCUGCUGGAGAACCAUGAGAUGUGGAAGAAGGUGAUCGCUGAGGACGCCCAGACCGAGGCCGAGGAGUCGGCGCUGGGCAACGAGCCCAUCCUCUCCAUCCAUGAGGAAGAGGAGGAGCCCGGGAGCAAAGAGGAGGACGUAGAGGAGUCGGGGGAGGAGGAGCAGGAGGAGGGCACGGAGGGGGAGGAGGCAGAGUCUCUGGAGGACGAGACGCCCGCGUCGCCUGAGACUGCAGAUGACCAGGCGGUGGAGGUGGAGGAGGAGGAGGAAGAAAACCCUGAGUGAUGGAGGGACUGCGUCGGGUUACAGACAAGAAUGAAGAGAGAGAGAGAGAGAGAGAGAGAGAGAGAGAGAGAGAGAAAAGAAACUGUCAGAGGAACACUUUCUAAUUUCCCAAACAAAGAGUCCUGACAUAUGGUUGCCAGCACAUCACUUAGACACAACACUGUAGACACUCGGGGGUGGGGUCGGGGGGGGGGGUGGUAUGUGCCUAAAGUGGAUAAGGUCUGAGAGAGACAGGCUUGAGAGCUUUCAGUAGUGUGUGUGUGUGUGUGUGUGUGUGUGUGUGUGUGUGUGUGUGUGUGUGUGUGUGUGUGUGUGUGUGUAAGUGAGUGAGUAUGUGGGUGAGAAGGACGAGUGCAAUGUGUGAAGAAGCGGUAAAGUGUUUCUUCUGGUCAAGAGGGUCGGACUACACGGUGUCCGUGGCACACCUGUCGAGGGGGUGAUGAGCUCUUUGGAAGUAAGGGAAUUUUCCUUUUCUAAAGAAAAAAAACCAUUUGAUUCAGUUUUGAUCAGGCUCUGUGCUCUUGAGAGCUGGGUUUAGAGUGCCCAGACCUCCACAACAUGAGCUCUGCUUGGUGUCAGCAUGUGUAUACAAAAGCAGGGACUUAUUGGCUAGCCUGUUAUCUACUACUUUUGAAAGUUGAUUUAAUAAGUGCAUGAGUGAAUUCCUUUGAGUGUGUGAGUGUGUGUGUGUGCGUGCGUGUGUGCAGUGAGAUAUCCAUUGCCAUUGGAGUUUUGUCUAUUCCGAGGGGUGACCUUCAACUGUGGUGUCAACCAGUGUUUGUACAACACUUACUCGAGAAUAACAUGCCUCCAUUCACUUGCAUUCCAACAAGGGAGAGAAGUAGCAGAAUUUUAAUACCCUACAGCUCUCAAAAGACUUUCCUAUUUCACAAGGGAGAGAAUAGCAUACAUGUACACACACACACACACACACACACACACACUUGCAUGAGAUUUUUUUUGCAUCACAUGCCCCCCUUUCCUCCUGAUGCUUUUGUCUCUGGAAGUCACACAAAGCCAGUCAGUGCCAUGGCUCCAAAAUGCCACAGCUUCAUACAUUUGUAUGUGGGCCAUCAACCAAAGUCUUUCUUGGCAACUACUUUGCUUUUUCCUUAUAUUCUUUGUCUAUUUCUUUCAUGUGCGCAAGACCCUGUGAAAGUAGACAGACAUGGUCCAAAUAGGACUUUUGAGCCCUAUUUUUGUGUAGCCUGUUAAAUGUUUUUUUGUGUGGUUUGAUGCUCCAGUUGUUGCCCACAGUUGUUUUAUUGUAUGGCCAAUAUAGGAUCUUUUCUAAGUACAAUGGGUGUUGGAGCCAUUCUAGCAUUCCCCUUCAUUGUUGAGACCAUCAGUGUAGUUAUCUGAAAUGUGACUCCAUGCACUCCUGAUGCUAUGCACGAUGCUAUGACGAUGGAGGUGCAUAAAAAUGAAUUAAUUGCACAUAGUUUUUUUUCACCCAAAACAUUCAUUUUAAAAUGGUUUCAAGCUUGCCUAUCCUCAAGGAAGCCACCUUAGGCUAAAGCGUCACAUGUAGGUCAUCACAAAUGCAGCUCGCACUAUAUUCUCUACACUACAGUGUGUACAGUGUCUGUAAAGCUGUUAAACCUGCUGUUGCUGGGUUAGCAACUCAUGCGCAUGUACAAUUUUAAAGAAAGCCCCAUGUAGUUGUGUCUAGCAGUGUCCUUUAAAGCUGAAAGCCCACCCCUAGUACCCCCCUACCCCACAAAAUCCCAGUAUUCCAGCCCUUGCUUUCAUCCCAAAGCCAUGAAAGUCAUGCAGAAGGAAAAAGGCAUGGAGCAUCGUCCACAUUGCUAAGUCGUCCUGGUGCUCAGCCCGAAGGGUGGGGUGGGGGUGGGGCUCCCAUGACAGAGCUGAUGAUAUGGAGUGCCUGGACUGCACCGCCCGCCCAUCCGUACGUCCACGUGAGUGGACCCGUGGCGUCCGUUCGCCCGGCCGGACCCCCCCCCCCCCAUCCUUUGAUGUACGAACAAGGCAGAUUGGCCGUGAUGGCUGAGCGGAUCGAGGACAGCAGCACUCAGAUGAAACACUCUCCUCAGGCCUCAUCACCCUACUCCGCUGCUGUUGGGCCUCCACCAGAACGGUGCACUUUGAUGGGGGAGCCAAUUAGAGUGUGGGGGGUGACGAAGCUGCAGCAGCACACUCCGUUUCUGGCAUGCCUCCUCCAGCCUCCCCUUUGAAAUUGAAAAGAGCUCAGUGUACUUUGCUAAUAUCAUUAGUAAGGAAAAAACAAGGAAGGCCAGGGAUUGACCGUUAAAGCAAUACUCUGCAUCCUAUCCUAGCCUAAAUCGUUUAGUUUGCACUUUCAGGGGUUUUUUAAGUGUUAAAAGGGACAAUUCUUUUUUUAAAUUUUAUUUGAAAUUAUUGUUUGGGAACUGAACAAGCGCAACAUCAGUGUGUGUGUGUGUGUGUGUGUGUGUGUGUGUGUGUGUGUGUGUGUGUUAGUCAAAUAUUACUUCAGUGGAGAUUUUUAAACCCACCCUAACUAUGUGGUGUCUGUCCUUCUCACUCUUCAUCACAUUUUGCUGUUUUUAACUUUUCCCUCAUUGCUGCUUGCCAAUCUUAUUGUCGCUUGUGUAGCUUUGUGGCUGGCUGUAGGAGGGCAUUUAACAUGGGGAUGCAUGCAACACAGUUCCUCCCUAUUAAGAUAGAGAAAAAGCCAAAACUCCUUUUUCCAGAACAAUUUUAAUGCUGUUAACUGCCAUUCUCUUUGGCUACAGUACGAUAGUCCAAAAAAAUUAGGUCCUAUAUCCUUUCCUUGCCAUUCUUACUUGACCUCAGUGAAACGCAUGAGGUCGUGAAGAGGAAUUCGUGAGACGUUAGGAAAAGACAACCGUGGUGCUAAGAGAAUCAAACGACAUUUACAGUGUGAUGUAUAAUCAUACUAAGGUAGAUUUCAUUCGCAUAGGGUCACACUGAUCGUUUGUUGUUGCUGCCACAAGGAAUUGUGGGACAGAUGUAUCUCCUCUCCUCUCAGGUGAACCCAUGCUAAAGAGUUUCAAACAGAAGCAUUGAUUCACCUUUCCUAAGCAUUUAGAGCAUUCGACCAGCUGAUCGUGGUUGCCACGAAGAUACAUUCGAGUCAUUUAACUCAGUUAGGAACCUAUCCAAGCAAAAACGACUAUCCGACUGUAGCCUCUGUUUCCCUGGCAGUGACAUUAAGGAGCCUCAUUAUAUGUGACAUGCAUGAUGUUUACAGACCCAGACACACAGUUUAAGACAUGGAAACACCCUGAUCUUUUGGGAAGAGGACAAAAGCAGGGACACACUGCACAUAGAGACUGCAAUUAGAUGUACGGUAUGAAUAGUGUUCAUAGUUCUGUGAAGUGAAGUUUCAAAAGACAAAGCAUCUUGAUUUCUGGCUUUAUUGUGCCAAGUUCUUGAGUCAACUGGUAGGCCCGACUGAGACAUCACAUACUUGGUACAAGGAUUAAGAAGAUGAGAAACUGUAGGCCUAUGGGAAUUCAUGUUGGUACAGGUCAGUGGUUUGUGGCCUUCAGUGAGUUGUCACAUUUCAUAUCUGCGUGUUCUAUCUCAGGCAACCAUUGAUACAUGUGCAAACAUCACUGAAGAAAUGAGAAGGCCAUGUUUGUGUUUGUAUUGUUUCAUCUUUCUGUAAAAUCCACUACAGGCAGGAAAAAAUCUAUAUAUACUGUAUUGUUUCAAGAAAGAGAAUUAUUAAGUUUCUCUCACACAGUAAGUACACGGAAGGCCCAUCGGCUUUAUUGAUGCAUCUGAGUAUGGUAUAGUUAUUGAGAGCAGUCAUUUGAACAUAGUGGGCCCUCUUCUCUUCUGAAGUGCAAAGUCUUCUGUCCACUGGGAAGCCAUCAAUGACACCUCCACUUGCCUACAUGGGCGGCAGUGACUUUGGAAACGGCCAGUGGCGCUUCGAUGCGCAAGGACAACUCUUUGAUGCACACGCCACAGGAACGUGCCGCUCUCGUUGCGGCCUUCUUUGAUAUCCACCGAGCCUCCGCACUUAAAACACCCUCCUCCACCAACCCCCCCCCCCAUCAUCAAAGACAACAAGGCCCGUGGUAUUACUCUAUUACUUAAUUUCCAAAGGCGUUUCCCCACCCUCUCCUCUGGACUGACCAACCAGAACCCUAUCCUUGAAAGAGACUUACAUGGAAAAAAAAAACUGUGGAUCUACCCAGGGAUUAACACUUUGAACUGCUUGAUUAGCGAUAUGGUUGUGUGUUUCAUGUGUUUCUUUUUUAUUAUUAUUCUUUAAAGCAUCCGUGCGAAUAUGCCGCAGUGUGACGAGACCAUACUACAGCCCUCUACAGAGUGCCUCAGAAAAAAAAAUCCUCCAAAACUGUUUGGCCUUGAUCUUCAUUUAACCUUUUUAUUUAGUCUGUACUUUUGCCUUUUGCUCGUUUCAUAAAGAGAAGGAUGAGAUGGGACUCGUUUAGCUUUCGUUGGUGUAUCUGCAGACAUUCACGCUGGUUUCUCAUCCUUUGUCUGUUUAUGGGUAUGGGUAUACGACGUCUGUACUAGGCUGAAUUGGUAGUGACAUCUUUCACUGUCUGCUCUUGCAGCAUUCAGUCAAUAUUGUCAGACUUGACUACCUUUCAGCCACAAGGGAUUGUGAUUUUUUUUUCAUGGUGUGUGAGAGGCUUAUGUUUCUGGGUAUAUAUGGUCAGUCAUGGCUCCCAUGGGCAGGGCUAUGAUAGCCUAGGUUUAUAAAAUGUGCAAGCAUAGUGAAUGCAUAAAGCGGACCAGAAUUUUCUUUUCUUUACAGGCAAUACAGGGGGGAGGGUCUUUUUUUCCAUGGGUACAACUGCCAACUGUUCUUUUUCCUUUCAGUCUUAAUUAAUUGGACACCUACUUUAAGUGACUCUGUUAUCCUAUCUGCCACCAACACACAUUCUGCUGCUGCGUCUUGUUCUUUUCAGGCGUCAGUGUGAGAAUCUCCUCCCAUUAUUGACACGUCUGUCCGUCCGUCACUGCCAGUCAGCACUGCUCCACCAUCUUUUUGUCUAAAAAAGUGUUUAUGUCUAAAAUCACCCUAAUUAUUAGCACUAUUUUUACCAAAUCACAUAAGGUCAGGCCCUGAUGAGCUUUACACCUCUUUAAACAAGAGAACGGAGACUUUUUUUAAUUAUAUAUAUAUAAAUAUAUAUUAAGUCGACACUUCACAGGCUAAUCAUUUUCUUCUGACUAGUACCUUGCACUUAACACAUGUAGCAAUACCUAUAGUGAGGGAAAAAUGUGUAAAUCACCAGUAUUCGUUGAUAAGUAAAAUAUUCAUUUUAUUGAUGGUUAUUGUUCCAUUUUGUACAAAAUAUAUACUGUACAGAUAAAAAAAUUAAAUGACAACAAAAGUCUUUUAGAUAAACAUUAUUUAUUUUUACUGUUUUGUAAUUUAGACACUAUACUGUAGCUCCUUUAUUGCCAGAUUUACUGGAAGUGCCUCUUGGUAUAAUGUAUUAUACAGUAAAUAUAUAUUGAGAUUACUAGACCUUGUCACAAGAUGAACAAUGUGGAUGUUGUGAUGUGAAUACAGUUGAAUAACAUGAGUUAUAUGCUGUGGUA